CCCCCGGCUCCCCAGUGUCCGCCAUGGCCAAAGCCUACGACCACCUCUUCAAGUUGCUGCUCAUCGGGGACUCGGGCGUGGGCAAGACCUGUCUCAUCAUUCGCUUCGCCGAGGACAGCUUCAACAACACCUACAUCUCCACCAUUGGAAUCGACUUCAAGAUCCGCACUGUGGAUGUAGAGGGGAAGAAGAUCAAGUUGCAGGUCUGGGACACAGCUGGCCAGGAACGAUUCAAGACAAUAACUACUGCAUAUUACCGUGGAGCCAUGGGCAUUAUCCUCGUAUAUGACAUCACAGAUGAGAAAUCCUUUGAGAAUAUCCAGAACUGGAUGAAAAGCAUCAAAGAGAAUGCCUCAGCUGGGGUGGAGCGCCUGCUUCUAGGGAACAAGUGUGACAUGGAGGCCAAGAGAAAGGUGCAGAAGGAGCAGGCCAUCAAGCUGGCUCGGGAGCAUGGAAUCCGAUUCUUUGAGACAAGUGCCAAAUCCAGCACGAAUGUGGAUGAGGCUUUCAGUUCCCUGGCCCGGGACAUCCUGCUCAAGUCAGGAGGCCGGAGAUCGGGAAACAGCCACAAGGCCCCCGGCACUGACCUGAAACCCUGUGAUAAGAAGAACACCAGCAAGUGCUCCCUCGGCUGAGGACACUAGGCCCAGAGGCUGAACCUCAGGGAGGCAGGGCUAUGGGUGGGCAGGGGAGAAACAGCAGGUGGGGUGAGGGGAGGGGGUCUAGAGGAGAUAGAUGGUGGAAGAGUAGGGAGCAAAUGUAAAAGAAAGUAGGAAGGGGAGAGGAGAGAAGACAGGGGAAGGAGAGGCAAGGAGGAGAGAGAAGCAAGCGAGCAGAAAGAGGUGAGGGGGUAGGAAGAAGGGGAGGAGGAAACCACUGGCCCUGGGUGUCAGCCUUUCCCGGGACUUGAGGGCAGACACAAAUGUAAAUAAAAAGUUGACUUGUUGUUACUGAA